UGGUAGUUGUCCAGAAACGGAAGCUGCCAAUUGGCUGGGGUUCCAAAAGGCGCUCGACUAGGAAGUUGUGUAGUGGGCGGCCUUGGUGUGAGGUUUCGGAGCGCAUUGUGAGUAGUUUGUUGUUCUACCGAUAUGACAAGCACAAUGCCUAAUACAACUGAGGAGCAAAGUGAUGAAGUCAAUAAUCUUGCACUGGAAAAAUGCCUUAAGGUCCUGCAAGAAGCACAGACUGACAACGAACAGUUUGCUGCCCUGCUUCUGGUCACAAAGUGUGCACAAGCUCAGGAAAUCAACAAUGAAACAAGACGGAGGAUUUUUGAUGCUGUGGGCUUUACGUUCCCAAACCGCCUUCUCUUUUCAAACUCUGUACCAGAAGGAUGCCCCCAGAAUCUUUUCAAAAGCUUAGGCAUAACACUGUUAGCUUGUUUUUCCACCGAUCCUGUUCUAGCAGUUCACCCUCAGGUUGUUAAUAAAAUUCCCAUAUUUAAUGAAACUAUAAAUAUCUCAUGUCAGUCAGGUAACAAAGAAGUCGUAUCCAUGGUGGAGGAUGCAUACCAGUGUCUUCUGGGUAUUUUGGCUUCUCCACAGGGACCAAAGAACUUACUUUCACAUGGUAGCAUACCCUACUUAUGCCAAGCAUAUAUGAAUCGCAAUCAUUUUUGGGAGAAAGCUUUACAAAUUCUUACCAGUUUACUUACUGUAUUGCCCCCUAAAUGUUGGAAGAAAAGCUGUACAGACCUUCAACUGCUUUUGACCCGGCUCAGUGAGGAGUUUGGUAAAGAAGAAGGUGAAUGGAAAUUCCAGUUGGCGGACCUCUUGCCUAUAUUUCUUCCUCCAUCGCCUAUUCUUCUGGAGACCUCUUGGGGAAAGCAAUGUUUAAAACAACUCUGUAAGGGGUUGCUGAAAAUUCUUAGUAAUAAGCUCAGUAUUUCUCAGAGGGAUCCAGCUUUGAAACUUGCAGCAUGCCUUGCAAAUUCUUAUGGUUCUUCCUGGAUCAUGGCAGAAAACAAGGUUGUGCGAUCUCGUUUCCUAGCUCUGAUAGUGAACCUGGCAUGUGUGGAGGUGAGGAUGGCACUGGAAGAACCUGAACCAUUGACUUCAAGACAGUCUGUCAUCACAGCCUGUUAUGCUUUGGUUGAAAUGGGGAUCCUGGCAUGCACUAAGGAAGAGAAACAUCCUGUAUUGGGAAAGGAGCAGAAACUGCAGCUCAUAGGAGUCAUGCAAGAAGCCUGUGCUGCUAUUAUAUACUAUUUACAGCAGGUUGGAUGGGAGAAGCAGGAGGAUCCCUUCCUGCUGGCUUCGGUUCGGUUGCUAGGUGCUUGGCUAGCAGAGGAAACCGCUUGUCUAAAGCUUGAAGUCAUCCAACUACUCCCAUUCCUGGUUCAUUACAUGCGGACUUGCCACCAGAGGAGCGUGAUUUGCAGCAAGCUUCCCAAGGAAGUUUCUCAAGUUGCUUUGCUGAGUAAUAGCUGGGGUAACAUAUGGCCUGGAGAUGCAAUAAGGUUUCUACUCCCUGCAUUGUGCCACCUAAGUGCUGAGGAGGUACCACGUAAGGUGCUUAUAUCUGAAGGGGUUCCUGCCCUGCUGUGUGAUUACUUCCAGCUGCAGUGGGAUGUGCUUUUUGCAGAGGAUGAGCCUGAGGGGCUGCAAAGUGCAGCAGAGCUGAGUCUACAGACUUGCUGCGGUGUUUUCCUGAAUCUGGUGGUGACUGAACCUACUUUUGUAGGACAGGAAAGCUGCUUUGUAUCUUUAAUGAAACUUCUUAUGCAGUCUCUUCCAACACUGUUAACCAAGGAGGGGCAUCUGGUCCUGGUAGCAAAUUUUUCCACUCUGGGCUUAAUGAUGAGCCGAUUGUUAGCUGAAAAUUCAGUAUUACAUGAAAGUAAUGCAGAGGAGUUUUUUAAAGCUGCAAUUCAUUUCCUGAGUCAUUCCCAUGUGCCAUCAUGUCAGACUGAUGCCGGAAAACCAGUCAUCACGCUGUCUGAAAGUUACUCUGAAGCUUGGGAGGAGAUCUCAGAGCUGUGGUUCCUGGGUGUACAAGCUUUCUCCAGCUGUGUUCAUCUGCUGCCUUGGUUAUCUGCUCUAGUCCUUAGGUCCAGCUGGCUUCAGGACACGCUGUGCCUUCUGGAUAAUGUUUCCCCUAAAUCUGUAGAUUCUGAUCUGGUGACAGCACUUCAGGGUAUGUUAACAGAACUGGCCCAGAGCAGUAGCUGUUGCCGGGAUGUUAUUCGAGAAAAAGGAGGGGCAGAAAAGGCUAAUUUGUAUGGUAUGGCUGCUCUAGAACAGUGCCUGGCAGAGUUGUCGUGAGUUAAGUAUUCUGAAACAUAUGUGUCAUAAGCAGUGCUUUUUUAAGUUUUCUGUUGAUCUGUAUAUAAACAGAUUCAAAAGGACGAAGAAUGUUCUGUAAACUAUACUGGACUUGAGCACUGGUAAAAUUAAAGAUUGUGUAAAAGUUGUAAUUCUGUAAAACAUAUUUGUAGUUGGCAGAAAGAUAAUUUCUUACAAAAAUAAAAAACAACCUUUUGAAGAA